CAGAAUUAUUUGGUGAGGAUCGAUCCAGAGGAGCACCUAGGCUUGGACCACACCAGCAUCCAGCACCUUCACAUUGGAGAUUUGAAAUGGACCAUUGAUGGCCCCUCCCCUCCAAUGAGUCCCAGUUCUUAUCUGAUUGGCUACAACGACUCUGUGUCUCUCACUCUCAAAGGUGUGGAUGAGAACAGACUGGACUCUUUAUCGUUCGAGACAAUGAUAUCUCGAUCGAUUCUUGAGAGGUACGUGUCAUUGAUGACUGAAUUCAAACGAGUUAUCUUCUGCGGACCGAGUGGUACCGGCAAGACGUACCUGGCUCUCAAGUUGGCGCAGUACAUGAGUGAUAGGUUGGCAAAAGAAGGUCGACAACCUAAGAUGUCAUUAUUCAACGUGGACCACAAAUCGAGCAAGGAGUUGAGGCAGUAUCUGUCGAGCAUAGCUCAGGAUAGUACUGCUGCUGCUGCUGCUGCUGCUACUGCCGAGAAUGGUAACAGUGACAACGCUUUUCAGGACAACGUUAUAAUAUUAGACAACUUGCAUCAUGUUGUGUCAGUGGCCGAUGUUUUCAAUGGAUUCAUCAGCAUGGGCAAUCAGAACAGCCCCUAUGUGAUUGGCACAAUGAAUCAAGUUUCAUCAAGUUCUGCUUCCACAAACUUGCAACUGCACCACAUGUUCAGAUGGGUUUUGUAUUCAAAUCACAUAAAACCAGUCCACGGCUUUCUGGGCAGGUUCCUAAGGAGGCACCUGGUGGAGAGGGAGGUGCUGGAGAUUGAUGAUGAGGAAGAGUUGAAAAAGAUGAUUGACUGGAUACCUCAAGUCUGGCAACACGUCAAUCGCCUGCUCGAGAUGCAUAAUUCCAGCGAAGUCACAUUAGGACCGCAGUUGUACCUUUCAUGCCCCAUGGCCAGUCAGUUGAUAAAGUUGUGGUUCACAGAUUUGUGGAACUAUUCAAUAUUUCCCUAUAUCGUUGAAGCUAUCAAAGAAGGCAUCCAGACGUACGGAUGCAGAGCAGUUUGGGAAGAUCCGACAGAUUGGAUUGUACGAACUUGUCCAUGGUCGUCUGAAGCCUCAACCCAGUUCCUCCACCUCAGACCAGAGGAUGUGGGCUAUGAUAUGACACAACAACAACAUUCUCUAGUGACCAGCAACAACAACAACGCGAGUAACAACAGUAUUAACAACAACACUGGCAGUGCAGCAUUCCAUAACAACAUCAACAAUAACUUGUACAUCAACAACUGUGCAGAUGAUGGCUCACAUUCUGCAAAAAUAUCGAACACUGAUCCACUGGUUGGUUGUGAGGAUUUUGAAAUUUGA